AUGGAUCAAGUCCAUGACUAUGAGAACUUAGUCGCCGAUAUCAUCGCCAAAGGCAUGCAAAUAUAUGAGGUAUUGUAUGCAAAUGUUCUCAUUGGGAAGCUGCCCAAGUCCUGUUUUGCUACAAAAGGGUUUGCUUUGUCCGGUAGGAUUUCAAAUGUCAAAGUUAUACUGAAUGGUGGCCAAAUGUACUUACGUGGACAUGAUGGAUAUUUUUCAUUUUACUAUGUACCAUCAGGGACUCAUUUGAUUGAAGUAGUUGCAAUGGGCUAUUUCUUUUCUCCGGUUCGAGUCGAUGUUAGUGCCAGAAACCCGGGCAAGGUACAUGCAGCCUUGACAGAGAACAAGAGGGGUCUCAGCGAAUUGGUUUUAAAGCCAUUGAGAAAUGAACAAUAUUAUGAGGUUGAGGAACCUUUCUCCAUAAAGUCUCUUCUGAAAAGUCCAAUGGGUCUCAUGUUGGGAUUUAUGAUGGUGGUUGCAUUUUUUAUGCCCAAAUUAGUGGAAAACAUGGAUCCCGAAGAAAUGAGACGAGCUCACGAGGAAAUGAGAGGCCAAGGAGCUCAUUCUAUGUCUACUUUGCUACCUGGAGGUGUGAGGAAUUAA